AUGUUUUACUGAAAAAUAAUCUGACAUCAUCCAUAUUUAAUUAUGCAAUCUGGACAAUCAUCAACUUGUCCUUGCUCAAGCUAUCAAUUGGGUAAUGGAAUAUGUGAUAAAAAAUGCAAUACUCAUGAAUGUGAAUGAGACAAUGGUGAUUGCAAUUCGUCUCACUCCUCCUCUUCAAUUAUUACCUAUGUCAUAAUAAUGACAACGUUUUUAUUUUUCCUUAUAGCGGCUGUGUAAAAUUAAUUUAGAGCUUUCAUUUAUUUAAUGAAGCGCUAUAAAAGACGGAUCUCAAAGGUUUCUCCAGAAAUUCUAGAAAACUAUGAGUUUGUUGCAAAAUUUGCAACAAAGGCAUUAAUAUCAUUUUCAGUUCAAACUGAAGAUGAAACGCGCGAUUGCAAUGCAAUUUGCGCAAUCUGUUUAGAAGUACUCCAAAAAGGAGAUAUUAAAUUAAUUACCAGCUGUUCGCAUGAGUUUCACGCAGAGUGUAUUGAUCAGUGGCUUAAAUGAUCAGAAAAGAAAUGAUGUCCUUGCUGUAAGCAGGAAAUUUAA